AUGUCGAAGCCGUGCGAUGCCUUGUUUUCUGGUACUGAACAGAGAUUGGACGAAUGCCAGCUAGCUGUUAUUCGUCAGAUUCAGACCACUUCUGGUGCUAAACCAAAAGAAAAGAAGGUAAUAUAUAUUUUCAUGGUUUUUGUUAUCUAAAGUAUGAUAUUUUAAUGGUUUAUAUAAUUUUCUGAAGAUUCUUGUUAUGGUGUAUCAAAAUUGAUGUUGUUUCAUUCGAGUUUAUGGUUUUUUGUUUAGAAGAAGAAGAAGGUGAAACGGAUUAGAGUGGAAGAAUUGUUAGAGAACUCCAGUGAGCCAAGCGAAUCGGUUUCUCAGAGUUAUGCGGCUCGACAAUCGAGGAUCAAAGCUCACCAUCAACAUCUUCUGGAUAGUGCUGUACGAACAGAUCGCUGGCCUGUCAAUGCUCCAGGUUUUCCAAAAGCCGCUCACGCCAACAAUCCGACUUCGACCUUGGUUAAGCCUGAUAUGAUGAUCAGUGCUUUUACUGCUGGACUCACUACGCAGCAAACCAUAACAGAGAUGUCUUUGCCAGGUUUGUUUUAGUUAUUUCUUUGUUGUAUGUUAGUAAUUUUAGCGUUUCUGUUUCAAAAUUAUACAGUUUGGAUUGCGAAAGACCUUUUGCGAUAUUAAGGAUGGUUGUUUUGAAAUGUUCUCUUUUCUUCGUUGUUGGCGUUGUGUUUUAAAUAAUAUUGUUUAAGGCUUUCCGAAUGGAAUUUUUGGGAGUUCAAUAAGAAACGCGCAAGAACUGUCUUCAAGCACGGAAUCGAAUCCAGUGUUGGAUUCUUUGUUUGCCUUGGACAAGGAGAACAAGAAGAGUGGAGCUGAACUGAUAAAGAGCUUGACGAGAUCACCUGGAAACAGCGUAGACUUGUCAACUAGUGUAGCCGCUAUACUGCAUCCCUCAAAAUCGGUCAGCAGUAGCGCAGUGUACCCGAAUAGCAGUAUGUUGCACGAUCGUGGCAACAUUCAGACACAGAAGAUGAGGAAGCCGUACUUUAUGCCGUACAUGAAUACGGAGAACGUGGAGAAGGGGUUACGAAGUGGAGACUUGAUAAAGGUGAGUAGUGUUGUUAACACUGUGCUGUUUAACAAUUCGUAUUGCUAUUUUUGUGUUUUUAGGGAAUCAUCAGAAUAAAUCAAAGAAACUUUGAGGAAGCGUACAUCGACAAUCCAGAAGGCGACGAGAAGCAGGACAUUAUGAUUCUGGGUGUUCAUGACAGAAACCGUGCUCUCCAUUGUGAUGAAGUUGUGGUUAGAUUCAAGGACAGAAACCAUUGGAUCCUGAGGGACAGUCUUUACGAAGCUUGGAGAUCAGGUCACUUGAAAAUAACAUUCGACGAUGAUGGAACUCCACUCACUGUGCCUCCAGUAAAGUCAGAAGAUGUGACCGAAAAGGAACAGCUGGCUCAGGCGGUUGACUUCUUGCCUGUUGUUCACCAACAGAAACUGGAGAAGGUGAAGAUUAAGGAACCUGUUUCGUAUCCAAAGAACAAGAGGUAUUCCCAGGAGAUGAUGCUCAAGAUUGCAGCACAAGUAAGUUUAUAUUAAUUUCUGUGUUAGAAACAUCGUACCUUAAAAAACAACUAGAAUUAUUUUCUUUGUUUUAGAUGGAGAUGCAGAGAAUUCAGCACGAAAACCGUGUAGCUCACGUCGGAAAGAAGCAAGACAAAGUAGAAGAACGUCGAGUGCCUACCGUAGAGUUGGACAAUGAAGCUGCUACUCAGAUAUCGCGUCUUAACAUUGCUAAAACCAAAUUUUCUGCUCAAGGUGAAGCAGGUUCAGGAACCUUUGCCUCGAACAGAAGAAGCGUCAACUCUACUAACACGCUUCAAAGAAGACUCAACUACCGUGUUCUUGGUGACAUGCCUGACGAUGAUUGGGGUAUUCCUGAUGUUUGUCUUCAGAAGACCGCCGAAGUUGUAUACAUCUACAAGAACAAGAACUGUCGAACGGCUGUGGGCCAAUUGAAGGUACAGUUUGUCAUGAUUUGUAGUUUCGAUACUCAUAAUAUUGUUAGUUCAUUUUAAAUUACUUAUAAUAUCUCGUUUUAGGUCAUGGCGGAUGGAAACAAAAACUGGGGAUUGUUUUCUCCCAACGAUUCUCGCUUCCCACGAAUGUUUAUAGCUGCUAACGAACUACCUAAAGGAUUUUUCGAAAGACCGCACGACUUCAGUAAGAAUAUUUACAUCGCCAAGGUGGCUGAAUGGCAAGCGACCGCUCAGUUUGCUCGAGGGACCUUGUACAAAAGCCUGGGCACUGUUGGUGACGUUGAUGCCGAGACUGAAGGUAUUCUGAUGUCAAACGAUGUGGACACCAGAGAGUUCUCAGCUGCUGCUUUGGCGUCUUUGCCAGUAGUUCCAGAAGAAGGAUGGUCUAUUGACGAAGUAAGUUGUUUUUUUGUUGUGGCCUAUCUUUUGUUGACUGCUCUACCUUAUAAUGUUUUAUUUUAGGCCGAGUUCAAGUACAGACGAGACUUCAGAACCGAGUGUCUCUUCACCAUCGAUCCAGCUACUGCUCGCGAUCUUGAUGAUGCUCUCCACAUAAAGCCAAUUGAGGAUUGUGAUGGUAAAGGGGCAAAGGGAUGGGAAGUCGGUGUUCACAUUGCUGAUGUCUCCUACUUUGUCAAGGAGAACACCGAGUUAGACACGUGGGCUAAACAACGUGCUACCUCAGUUUAUCUUGUUCAUAAGGUAAGCUUGGUUUACACUUUUUUAAAAAUGUUUUAAUAUAUUAUAGUACGAAAUUUUAUUGUUUUAGGUCAUACCCAUGUUGCCAAGGAUGCUGUGCGAAGAUCUUUGUUCAUUGAACCCUGGAGUUGAUAGACUUACCUUCUCUGUCGUAUGGAAGAUGGACCUUGAAGGUAACAUUCAGAGUGAAUGGUUUGGACGGUCCUUUAUCCAUUCGUGUGUAAAGUUGGCCUACGAUCAUGCCCAAUAUAUGAUUGAACACCCAGAAGAAGAUGUAAACGUUGAGGCGCUUCCAGAAGUGUUCAACAACAUGAAAGUCCAGAAGAUCAAGGAAUGUGUCUUGAAUUUGAACAAGCUGGCUACCGCUAUCAAGAACAGAAGAAUUGAAGGCGGAUCUUUGAGAUUGGAUGCUACUAAACUGAAGUUCGCCUUAGAUCAGGACAAAGGUCUGCCGAUUGGAGUUUGCACUGAUGAGGUAGGUCGCCUAAUAUAUUUUUGAUAUUUAAUUUCCAGAGAAAAGAAGCAAACUUCUUGGUCGAAGAGUUCAUGUUGUUGGCAAAUCAGUCCGUGGCCAAGAAGAUCGAAAGUCACUUCCCUGACACUGCUCUUCUCAGACGUCAUCCUUCACCCAAACAGAAGGUUAUGCGAGAAACUUCAGAGAAGUUGGAGCUGCUACACUUUCCCAUCGAGACUGAGUCUAGUCACUCGAUUGCACAGUCGCUUACUGAGUACUAUAACGAUCCUCGACUGAGAAGUACCGUGUUUCCAGUAUUGGUGAACUUCAUGAUGAAAGCCAUGCAAUUGGCUGUCUACUUCUGCACUGGAACUGUCAAGGAUUACCACCAUUAUGCCCUCAACAUGGACUUGUAAGUUUUUUAAUUUGGUUUAUUGGUUAUACUAAGAAAUUAUGUCAUUUUCUACUAAUAUUUAAACUUUAGCUACACCCACUUCACCUCACCUAUCAGAAGAUACCCGGAUGUUGUUGUACAUCGAUUACUGGCAGCCGCACUUGAGUACUCUCCUGCUCCCUCCCAUACUGUAGAAUCCUUGGAAGAAAUUUGUAAGGACUGUAAUGAAAAGAAGGUGAAUGCCAAGGCUGUCAGCGAACAAUCGGCAGAGAUGUUCUUUGCUUUGUUCGUCAAAGAGGCUGGAUCGCUGGAAGUUUUGGGAGUAGUCACUGGAGUUCUCGAUGCUGCUUUUGAUGUUCUACUGCCUAAAUAUGGUUUGAUCAAACGUGUUUACACUAACGUAAGUUAGUUCAAAACUUUUUUGUCUUCAUUACCUUCGUGGUAUUAUUGUAAUACGAAAUGUAAACUGUUAUGUUUUUAGAGGCUGAAGGUGAGCAGAGACUGCCGUUUUGUGGAAGGCACUCCGGGAGCAUUGUACGUUUACUGGGAUCCCAAUUACAUUGCCCAAGUUCGGAAAGUAAAGCCAAAGGAUGACAAGGAAAAGAAAGAAGAAGAUACAAAGGACACUGAAGUCAAACCGAAGUACUUUGCGGAUUGUGGUGACAGCGAUGAAGAAGAAGAGGAGCCUCAGAAGAGUGUUGAUGAAGAUGAAAGCGAUGAUGGCCACGAGGUCUACCACAAUGCCAUGGAUUACGAACAAACCUUGUCCGUGUUCUCGGUGAUCAAACUAGUCCUGACUCCUUCCCCCGAGCCUGUCAAGUUUGUGGCCACUCUCCUCCCCACACCCGACAAGUACAGGAUGCGACCGAAUGAGAUUCAGAAAUUGUUAUCGUAG